AUUGGAGUGUCAAGCUGUCAACGCGUCGAUGCGGAGAAUAUUCCUAAUAUAUUUAUAUAUUUGAUCUACUUGUUGCACAACCCAUACGGGCACAUUCGACGAAUGGCACCCAACAAAGGCGAGCGGGAGAGCCCGCUUGAGGUUAACGAGCUGCGACGGUCGCUGCAAACUACAAAAUUCGAACUUGACUACGAGAGGUCUGCGCGUGUGGUCGAGAUCGUCGCUAAAGACGAGGAGCUUCGCAAAUUGCGCGUACACCUCCAGCUACUUGAAGAUGAGAAUGACGAGUUGCACGAGCAGCUUGGCGAUGAGGAGGGAAGAGCUGAGGAUCUGGAAGCAAAGAUCGACGACACCCACGCACUUCUUGAAGAGGCUGAGCUGGCCAAAGUCAAUCUCACGAAUGAGCUUCGUUUGAAAGAGCGUGAAUUGAAUAACAUGCAAGCGGAGUUGAAUGCCAUGCUGAAUAUCUCUGCCGACACAACAAAAGUCUUGACGGAGAAGCUGUCUCUAGCGAGGGAAUUGGCUACCUUAAGACCGGAAUUGGAACACCUCCGGUCAACUGCUGCAUCCCACGCAACGCUUUUAUCGGAGAAACUCUGCCUACAGCGCCAGUUGAGCACCGUCCAAGUCGAACUCGAAACAGAGAAGCGGACAGCACAGCGCCUCAUGUCCAAAGAGGGAAAGAGCUCUGAAUCUAGUGCCCAACUCAGGACUGAAAUCUCCAGUCUUCAAAAAGCCUUACAAACGGAAAGGUUGCAGCGAGAGAACGCUGAGUUGUCAGCGGCGCAGGCUCAGGCUGAACUUGACAAAGAAAAGGCUGCAGCAAAGGACGCCAAGAAUAAUAAGGACAUUGACGCCACAAAGACUGCAGAACUUGAAGAAGAAGUCGCGGACUUGCGCAAAGAGCUCAUCAAAGAGAGGCGUUCUCGAGAAAAGCUUGAGCAAGAUGCCCAGGAGGCUGCGGCAGAUUAUGCGGCGGAAAAACAGCGUGCUGAAAAGCAAGCAUCCAGGAUUAAGCAGGGCAAGAAGAAUGCCGAGGCAGAACAAAGUGCUGAACUCGAGGGCUUGCGUGAAGAGAUUGGCGCGCUCAAGAAGCAGGUCAAAGCAGCUGAGAAGUCAGCCAGGAACACUCAAGACGAUAUAGAGACUGAGAGGAGCAAUAUACAGAAAGUCACCAAGAAGGUCAUCGAGAGAUCUGACGAGCUUGACGAGCUCAGGAACCAAUUGAUCGAAGAGCAGAAGGAACGCAAGAAGGCAGAAAGGGACCACGAUCGAGCCCGCAAAGACUGGGAAGCGAAGAAGGCACUCCUUGAUGAGAAGCUGGAUGCUUUCAGGUCUAAGCUACGAUCAACCAAGGAAACUUUGAAGGAGACGGAAGCAGAGCUGCUGCAAGCACAGACGCGAUCUGUUGCGAAAGCUGCAAGUUCCAUUGUUACAACGGCGGCUACCAAAGGGACGAAAGGUCCUCGCAAACGCAAAGCACAAGUGGACCCUAGCGAUGCUACCACUCUAGGCACACCUGGAGAUAUGCCAACGAAGAGAGCCAGGCGUAGCUACUCUGUGGCCCCUAGUGAGAAGUCGACGUUCUCGAUUACCCCAUUCCUUAGCAGGACGGCCAGUGUUCCGCCAGAAAGUACUACAGCUGGGGAGGAACUAGGUUAUAACCCUGUCGAAACCGUAACAGAAGCUACCCCGACUGGCCCUCCGAAGCAAAGUAGAGGAGGCUCUGCAGAAACAAAGCCUCUGGCUGUAGCUACUGCGAGCAAGGCCAAUCCCAAGAUGAAGCAGGCCCGAAAGCCCACCAAGGCUCUUUCGACACUGGAAAUCGUCGCAGAGGAAGGCGAUGGCGAUGAAAACAUCGAUCCGACGGUCGUACCAGAGAAGACGAUGGAGACCAUGCAGGCGCCGAAAUUAAAAUCUGGUUCCAUGCCUUCCAAAGCUCCUCGGAAGUCACUCAUGUCGUUUGCAACAUUUGACUCAGAGGCCCCCGAGAAGAAGAAAAAGCGCAAACUUGGGGGUCUUGGACUGCAGAAAACACUCUUCGAUGAUGACGAGGGUGCACCGCCUGUCAAGCCAAUUCCUGGAAAAGGCUUCAUCGCAAACAGAGCCGUUGGAAGAAGCAUAUUUGGGGCGAAGGGGCCUGGACCUGCGAUUUCUGGUGGACUCAGGCACAUGACUGAAGAAGGAUUCAUGUUCAGUCCAUUAAAGAAAGAACGAAAAGCCAUGAAGGAAGCUAGCAUGUUAAUUGGAAAAUGAGCCAAUAUACCUCGCAGCGCUGACUGCUUGGAUUGUGCCGAUGGAUCCGGAGUAUAUUGUGGCAUUUCAUAUGCGGUAAAGCGUUUCCAUACAUAGCGAUCUGGUCGUCUGGUCUCAAGAUAUUUCCACCACGUCCUCGCGUAAUGCAUCUUCUUUUCUUUUCGUUGCGACAAAGUAGGACUCUUUGGAU